GAAUUAAAAAAACAAGAAGAAGAGUUCAAAAAUAAAGAAAAGGUAAUGCCGUGGAAUGUUGAUACUAUAAGUAAACCCGGUUUUACAAAGACGAUUCUGAACACACCCAAAGCUCUACCAACCGAAGAAAAUCUGACUGAAGAAGAGAAAGCUAAACGAUUAGAAACAUUUAUUAAUGAAAAUAAGAGUAAAUUGAAAGUCUUUGGUAUGUUCAGAAAAUAUAAAGAUAGUCAAGAAUAUUUACAAAAAAAUCCUCAGCUUGUAUGUGAGGACACUGCAAAUUAUUUGGUUAUUUGGUGCAUUGAUUUACAAAUGGAAGGCAAAUCAGAUUUAAUGGAACAUGUAGCCCAUCAAACAAUUUGUAUGCAAUAUAUUUUGGAACUCUCAAGGCAAUUAAAUAUUGAUCCAAGAGCAUGUGUACCAUCAUUUUUUUCAAGAAUACAAUUAGCUGAAAAACAGUACAAAGAUUCUUUCGAAGAAGAACUUAACAUGUUUAAAGAUCGUAUCCGGAAAAGAGCUGAGGAAAAGAUACGUAUUGCUCAAGCUGAAAUAGAAGAAGAAGAGCGAAAAGCAAGACUAGGACCAGGUGGUCUUGAUCCAGUUGAAGUUUUUGAUAGUCUUCCAGAUGAGUUGAAAAAAUGUUUUGAAUCGCAAGAUAUUCAGUUAUUGCAAGAUACAAUUAAAAACAUGAACCAAGAAGAUGCUACUUAUUACAUGAAGCGCUGUGUAGAUUCUGGAUUAUGGGUACCUGACGCUAAUAAAGAUAARAGCAGUGCUGAAGACGAUGAUAAAACCCAAGAAGAAAAUAUUUACUCUGAAAUAAACAGCUCAUAAAAUAAUCUUAUAUUAUCCUAUUCAUUGAUUAAUUUAUAUUUAUUAGAUUAUAAUAAUUUUUCUGGUUCUAAAUGUAUCUGUUAUACAUAUGACAAAGUAUGAAAUUCUUUUGGUUGCAUUAUAAUAGUAAAACUAAUUU